AUGGCGAGUCCGUCAUCGGGAAGAUCAGCAGAAAAUGGGGGCCACAGGAAGAGGCGGGGCCCCGGAGCCUUCGCCAUAGCGUACCUGGUCAUCUAUAACGUCAUCAUGACGGCCGGGUGGUUGGUGAUCGCCGUCGGGUUGGUGCGCACUUACCUCAGCAAAGGAAGCUACCACAACCUGUACUACUCCAUAGAGCGGCCGCUGAAGUUCUUCCAGACCGGCGCCCUGCUGGAGAUUGCGCACUGUGCCGUAGGAAUUGUGCCUUCCUCCGUGGUCCUCACCGCGUUCCAGGUCAUGUCCCGAGUCUUCCUGACGUGGGCCGUCACACACAGCGUCCGGGAGGUUCAGAAUGAGGACUCGGUGCUGCUGUUCGUUACGGCGUGGACAGUCACAGAAAUCAUCCGAUACUCGUUUUAUACAUUCAGCCUCCUCAACCAUCUCCCCUACAUCAUCAAAUGGGCCAGGUACACGCUGUUCAUCAUUCUCUACCCCAUGGGCGUGGCCGGGGAGCUGCUGACCAUCUACGCUGCACUGCCAUUCGUCAAGCACACCGGACUGUACUCCAUCAGACUGCCCAACAAUUCCAACUUCUCCUUCGACUACUACACCUUCCUCAUCCUCGUCAUGAUCUCCUACAUCCCCAUCUUCCCGCAGCUCUACUUCCACAUGCUCCACCAGCGGAGGAAAGUUCUGUCGGCCGAUCGGAAGAAGACCGAAUAA